AGUUCCGUUUUCGUUUAGAUAAAGUCAUUUUGGUAGGCCAUACAUGGUGGUUUUAUAUUUCGCCUCGUGGAAAAAAACAAACAAUCCCUGAUGUUCUUCUUACCUGGCAUUUUAGACGAGACGAGCGUUUUGUUUAAAUUGGAUAACGUCAUAAACCUGUGCAAGCCAUUUUGAGGAAAUCGUUUUGUUGGAUUAGUUAUCGAGGGACCGUACGCAGUUUUCAUUCCGCGGCACAGUUGAACGGUCGUCCGGUGUUGACGACACAGAUCCCCGUGGUCCCGACGAACAAAGGAACAGGCUGAUGCACGUUCUUUAGCGCUAUUGGAGAGAGAUAUUGUGUAUGACACAAUUUAAAUUAAGCCUACCCUAACGCCUUUUUGGUUAUGGUAUUUUUAUUUGAGAAGUUACCCCGAAAUAAAUAACAAUUUAGCCUGACUCAUUCAGUCCUGUUAGCAACAUCGGCUAACCUUUAGCUGCAAUUGUGGACAACUAGCAAGCUAACUGCUAACUUUAGCAUUGUUUUGAUUCAAGCAGGAAGUUUUUAUUUUUUGGCAACAUGGCUGAGGUAUAUAUUCGAGUGGCAGAAGAAGAAAAUGAGGAACCAAUGGAGAUCCCGUCCGAGGACGACGGCACUGUUCUGCUUUCAACUGUGGCGGCUCAGUUUCCAGGAGCGUGCGGCCUACGCUUCAGGAGCCCGGUGUCUCAGUGUAUGCGGGGAGUGCGUCUCGUGGAAGGGGUCCUGCACGCACCAGAAAACGGAUGGGGGAAUGUCGUAUAUGUGGUGAACUAUCCGAAAGUUGUCAAGCUAGCAGCUUGUGGAAGACUCCGGAGAAGCGCAAUGAGUGCACGGCCGCAAGUAGACGGACAGGUUGACUUUUACAGUCCUUCGACAGCGACAGAUACAGACAACAAAAGAAAAAUGGAGGAAAUUGAUGCCUCUUCUGCUGUGAAAAUGAAGAGAGGGGACAUGAAGACAUCUGACCUGAUUGUACUGGGUCUUCCAUGGAAAACAUCUGAGCAGGACCUUAAAGACUACUUUAGCACAUUUGGAGAAGUCAUUAUGGUCCAGGUAAAACGAGACGCCAAGACUGGAAACUCUAAAGGAUUUGGCUUUGUGAGGUUCACAGAAUAUGAGGCCCAAGAAAAGGUGAUCUCCCAGCGCCAUAUGAUUGACGGAAGAUGGUGCGACUGCAAGCUCCCUAACUCAAAGCAAGGCCCAGAUGAGCCAUUGAGGAGCCGGAAAGUGUUUGUAGGCCGUUGCACAGAAGAUAUGACCACUGACGACCUGCGGCAGUUCUUUAUGCAGUAUGGUGAAGUCACGGAUGUCUUCAUCCCCAAGCCAUUCCGUGCUUUUGCCUUCGUCACAUUUGCAGAUGAUCAGGUUGCCCAGUCUCUCUGUGGAGAGGACCUAAUAAUCAAAGGUGUCAGUGUUCACAUCUCAAAUGCUGAGCCCAAACAUGGCAAUAGGCAGUUUGAUCGCACAACACGGUUUGGGAAUGGUUUUGGAGCUCAAGCAUUUGGUAGUAGUCGUAGUGGGUUAGGGAGCAGCACUAACAGUAGUUUGGCUAAUUUUGGUUCCUUCAGUCUGAACCCUGCUAUGAUGGCUGCUGCUCAGGCGGCUCUGCAGAGUAGUUGGGGGAUGAUGGGAAUGCUGGCUAGUCAGCAGCAGACAUCUACCUCAGGCAGCACCUCCAGUGGAACAAGCUCUAGUAGGGACCAGAGUCAGUCUUUCAGUACAGGCAACAGCAAUUACGGCACCAGCUCAGCCAGUCUCGGCUGGGGAACAGGGUCAAACUCUACAACCACUGGUAGUGGGUUUAGCUCAGGUUUUGGGUCCAGUAUGGAGUCAAAGUCAUCUGGGUGGGGUAUGUAAGUUAAAUGUUUGUAUGGUAAGUAUUGUGACAAAGAUGAGUCUUUUCAAAAUUAAUUUCUGGUGUUAUUGCGUAUCUGAAAACUUAACACUUUUGUCGAAGAUGUUUUGUACAUUUGGAAAAAAUGCUAAAGAUUUAAUUUAGAAAGUGUUUGAAGUGAGUUAUUUACAGGAUGUGUGACUAAAGUGCUAUUUUUGAUGUCUCAUUUGUUUGUAUCCAUUUCAACUGGAUUCUCUAAUGCAUGUAUUGAGAAAUGUGAUAUAACCAUUUUGAAAACGCAUGAAUGUUUGUGGUUCACUAUUAUCCGGCUUUGUCAUCGACCUAAAAGGCAAUCUUGCAUUGGGAAGAAUCUGGUUGAAACCUAAAUGUGUUUUAAGUGCAACUUUAUUUGCAGUCAAGUUCUGUGGAAAAGCCUUCAUUGAAAUCUCUUCUGCAGUUCACCUCUCUUCCAUUUUCCUGUGAGGAAGCUCCUCUAAGGCAGCAUUCUUGGGGUGAUAUCGGUAUCAUUCUCCCUCUUCCCACCUGUAAAUGCUAUGCCAUCACAGAACGGCUUCACUCCGCAUGUUCUAAGAGACGGUGGGUGUUUUCACUUUUAUCCACUUUUAAAUGGAGAGAACUGCGCAACUGACAUUUUAAGAACUGAUGAGUGCGAUUGAGGAUGGCUUGUGACGAAGAGUGAAGCGAUGAGUGAGCGAACGGAGAGACGCGUGAAACGGACUGGUUGUGCAGUGAAAGAGCCCAAAUUUGACUGCUUUUUGAAUGUGUGAGUGGAAGCUGCAGAUGCUACGAGCACCUCCCCUAACAUGGACAUUCUUUAAGUAGUACUUCAAGAUUUUUCUUUUUUUAAAUCUUUGCAAGUUUUUCCUUACUCUUAAGUAUGUCGAUCAAGUGCAGAAAUAUCAAAUGUAGUGGAAUGUUGUGAUGAAUAUUUGUAUUGCUUAUAUUUGAUUUGAAUGCUGUAUGGUGUGUGCUUUCAUGUUAUUGAACUGAUCUGUAAGUGAGUACUUGAUGUGGAUGACACCUGCUGAAGACUCUGGGGGACGCGAGUGAUAGUGUGAGAACGUGGAGUGGUGUGUCCAAUGUUUCCCAGUAGCUCUUGUGGUGUUUGUGAGGUGUUUUAAAAACAUGUCAAAUGAAGGGAGUUCUCUAAUAAAGUUCAUUUGAAUAGAUGCUUAGUUGAUAAUUAAUUGGGUAAAUUUGUCAAAUAAAAAAACAUCUAAUUCGAUUCACAUAUCUAGGGACCUUGGGCUCUGCUGGUCGAGGUCUGCGUUUGAACCCUGACUGAAGUCUGUUCUGAAGGACGAAGACGGAAGUUCCAACACUUUCAGUGUGUGGCCUUCUCAGACAUGGGGUAGUACCUGUCUUUUUGCUGCUUUUUUAUGGCUUGUCAGAGUGAAUGAUCCCUUUUUUGAUUAUCCACAGCUACUUUUAAGGUUGGAGGGAAUUUGUAAGUGGGGGUGUCAUUGUCUUAAUUUUAACCUUGAAUAGAUGAGUUCAGGAGUCUGGCAUCACUUCUCCAAACUAUUUUUGUCCCUAAUUUGGCUCAAGCAAAGGCACACUGCUGAUCUGGAAAUGGUGACAUUUAGAUAUUCUUAUACACUGGCCACUUUGAGGUACACAUGUACCUGUAAUCUCUUGCAAAUCAAUACACUUCAACCUUUUAGGGAGUUGAAAAUAUUAAGUUUUAUUUUUUAUACAAAUGUUUAAAUUAAAGAUUCUGUUUGACACUGAGGUGAUAGGUGCAGAUAUAGAUUAAAUUAUUAUAUUGAGAUUGUCCUCCCUAUUUUCGACAAAUAAAACAGUAUGGCGGUUAUUGUUAAAGUGUCAAAAGGGGAGGAAAUGAUUGGCAUCAUGAAAGUAGACUGUGGCAGGUGUAUUGAUUGCAUUAGAUUAUACAUGUGUACCUAAUAAAGUGGUCUGAUAACCGUAGAAGAAAUACCUGUUUGGAGAAAGGCAGGUGUAUCAUUUAGCAAAGUCCUUGAUAGUCAGUGUCACAAAAGCAUACUUUCAAAUCAGUUCAUGCAUAUUUAUUAUUGUGACAAACCAGUGCCAAAUGCAAAUAUUUAACAUUGCAUCAGCUGUUCCCAGGACAGAUAACAGUCGGGAGCUAUUUUCUCUACAUCUGCAGUGUACAUAACACUACAGUAUUAUGUAGAAUCCUUGAAAGUGAAAUGAAAGAAUGAUUGGCACCCUGACCACACUGCACUUAUUUUCAUGUAAUAGUCAGCCUUCAUGUUUAUCUGAAUGUUGGGCAAGUGAGACGCUGCAGGUCCUGCCUCCUGUCCUUAUUCUAUGCUCUCCUCCGUGUCUCUGCUCUUCCUCUUCCCAGUGCUCUUCUUUUUCAAAUCCCUCUGCUCCUGGUUCAGUUCUUCACUUUUAUUUUGUAUGUAGAUCGACUGAAAUAAAUAAAGGCAAAUUAAACAUUUAA